AUGAUACGGGAGAUCGCCAUUGCUUUCGCGCGACUCGUCUUCGUUUGCCCCACCACAACGUCAUUUCCCCCAUCAGUACCAAACAUUACUUCCAUCACCCCUCUGACUACGAGUACACCCAAUGUCUUUUCUGUUGGACGAUUUCUCAGGGUGCAGGUUGACAAGACGAUGCAGGCCUGCGCUCCUCGCGACAGUGGCUCCCCCCCGAGUGCUGUAGAGACUGUCAACGAGGGGGGGGGCUGCAGACACCACAGCCUCGAGGAGCCAGGACAAGAUGCCGUCGACGAAGAGCAGCAGCCGCCAGCUCGCGCUGCUGACACGACGACGAGACGAUCAGCAUCCAAGCCGCCCACGCAACUGUACACGAUAUCGUACCUCAUCCUCUUCUCCAUAAUCGGCACCCUCGCGCGUGUCGGCCUCAAGGCCCUGACCGCUUACCCCGGCGCGCCCAUCAGCUUCACCGUCAUCUGGGCCAAUUUCGGCGGGUGCAUCGUCAUGGGCUUCCUAUCCGAGGACCAGAUGCUCUUCAGCCAGCACGACUACCGCGACGGCAGAAGCGGCAGCAGCGGCAGCAGGAGCAACGGCAAGAAGAAGAAGAAGAAGGUGGACGAGGAGACGGGUCCUCCCAUGAUGGCGGUUGCGGCUGCUGAGAAGAAGGCCCACAUGGCGCUCAAGAAGACGAUUCCGCUGUACAUCGGUCUGGCCACCGGCUUCUGCGGCAGCUUCACCAGCUUCUCGUCAUACAUUGCCGACGCAUUCUUCGCCAUAUCCGACGACCUCCCCACUGCCGGCGUCUCGGGGACGGCCCCCCGCCGCGGCGGCGGCGACUCCCUCAUGGCGCUGCUGGCCGUCGUCAUCUCCACGGCCUCCCUGUCCAUCUCGGGCCUGUUCCUGGGCGCACACCUGGCCACCGGCCUGGACCCGUGGACGCCGUCGCUGCGGUACUCGCGCACCCACCGCGUGCUGGACCCGCUGGCCGUCUUUCUCGGGUGGGGCGCGUGGAUCGGCGCCGUCUUCCUCGCCGUCUUCCCGCCGCACGAUGUCUGGCGCGGCCGCGUCGUCUUCUCCCUCGUCUUCGCUCCGCCCGGCUGUCUCGCGCGCUUCUACCUCUCUGCCCGUCUGAAUGCUCGAAUACCGUCUUUCCCGCUCGGCACCUUCUGCGCGAAUAUCCUGGGUACGGCCAUCCUCGGCAUGGCCUGGGAUAUCGCCCACGUGCCUGUCGGUGGCGUCGUCGGGUGCCAGGUCCUGCAGGGCGUCGAGGAUGGCUUCUGCGGGUGUCUGACUACCGUGUCUACAUGGGGGGCUGAGCUUAUCACCCUCCGGAGGAGGCACUCAUAUGUAUAUGGCUCUACGAGUGUCGCCGCUGCUCUUGCUGUCAUGAUUGCCAUCAUGGGCGGUCUGAGGUGGAGUCAUGGGUUUCAGGGCUUGCUUUGUUCUACCUGA